AUGGUUGACGUUCCUGAGAACAAUAGACAUUAUUUAGAUAUUCCUUUGACGGGAGAACUAGAUUUAUCUAGUUUGGUUAACUUAAAACAAUUAAAUAUUCACAACCAAAAAAUAACUCGUUUGAGUUUAAGCGGAUGCUCUAAUUUAAUAGAUAUAGCAGUUGACGAUAACGAAUUAGAAAUAAUUGAUUUUCCUGUUGAUGGUCAACAAUUAAGUGAUAUUCGUUUAACCAACAAUAAUAUUCUGUCCAGAGAUUUGAUUUGUUUUACUAAUUUUAGAAAUUUAAAAUUUUUAUAUCUAGGAACUGACCAAGAUGGAUUAAGGCAAGAUAUUAAUGCUACUGAUGUUGAUAGUGGCUUGGAAUAUUUACCAACUGAAAAAUUAAGUUGA